AUGGCUCCGUCUCUGCAGCUCCUUCUGCUUCUGGGGACUGUAUCUCUGGUGCUAACGAAGUAUGUUUAUGUCGAUGAAAGAAAAUACUGGCCUCAAGCUCAAUCUUAUUGUGAGAUCCAUCACACCGACUUGGCCCCUGUUAACAGCUACUCUGACAUGGAACUUCUCCGACAACUGACUGGACCCCCUUCGAAAAGCAUCUGGAUUGGACUUCUGAGGAACAAGACCCACACAGAGAAGUGGCGCUGGUCUGGAGGUGGAGAGGUGACAAAGUUCUUUUGGAACAAUGGUGAACCGAAUGGCCGACCUGAUGAGAAGUAUGGAUUCAUGAACCACCUGUGGUAUGAUGUAUCUAUUCGAUCUGCAUUCACAUUUAUCUGCUUCAGUGUGCAUGUGGUGAGGGAAGAGAAGACUUGGGAGGAAGCGAUAGAAUACUGCAGACAGAAUCACACAGAUCUGGCCUCCAUCUCCUCAGAGACAGAGCUGAUGUUGAUUCAGAAAGAGCUGAACAAAAAGAACACCACUGAGCAUGUGUGGAUUGGUCUGCGCUUUCUGGCUGGAGACUGGCUGUGGCUGGAUCAGAACGCAGGAGAGUAUGAAGCCUGGGGCCACAGGGAGAAUCCCAAUGAGUGUCCCAUUGAGACCUGCGGAGCUCUAAUGGUCAACAACCAAGGGGUCCACCAGUGGAAUGCUCACGACUGUGUGAAGAAGAUGAACUUUGUUUGUUACUGA